AUGGCACGUCAACCCCCUUCUACUUCGGGCGUUUUGCCAGAGCCAAUUUGUCUCUUGUGUGGAGUGGCAAUUCGAUCCACAGACAGGUUGGAAAUGCCUCAAGAAUAUUCGAAAUUCAACAAACAAUAUUGGAAAAGGCUUUCGAAGUCCGAUCCUAAACAUGAUGUUUUAGUAUCAUCAGAUGAGGUACUAGAAUUGACCUACCAUGUAGGCAAGUUUCCUCGGGUAUGGUCUUGCCUCUGUCGAGCUAUUAUCAAGGACUCUGCUACCAAGUACCGCCUAACGGGCAUUACUUCGAUACAGCAUUGGCAGGGGCCCUUCUAUGCUGUGAAUGAUCCAACAAAAGCGAGAAUCGGCGGAAAGAAGAAAAAUCCCCAAUACGAUAAUCAGGUGUUUACUCAAUUCUAUGCUGCACACAUCAAAAGACAGCCUAGAGUAUACAAAGAUAAGACUAUCGGAUAUUUUAUCCAUGCCCAUUGCUGGGCCCUGUUCGGUCAAGUCGAAUGCCCGAGACUCAACAACAUAAAGCUCGCUAAGUUGAUCCAAAUUUAUCGAAACUACUGGCGGGACAAUGACUGUUGGGGAAUAUCCCCCGAUUUCACUGGCCCUUCCGAGCUUACAUUAAGCUUACGAUGCGACUUGGAAGUCUCCCACAGUCCGCUUGUCGUGCCCGAAAUUCAAGAAGCUAUCAUUUCCGCUAAGGCUGAAUGCUAUCAUCCAUCCUCUGUCUUCAGUAUCCUUCCAUUGGAGCUUAUGGUUUUGAUCUCUGGGUAUGUCUGCCAUAUCACAGAGUACACAGUAGAGGAUGUUCAGAAUUUAAAAAAUAUGCUCUUGGGAUUUGGAUGGGAGCUUCCUGUGUGGUUCUGGCGAUCGCGAUUGGGCGAAAGUUUGUUUUUUGAAUUAGAGAAACCGACCGAUACCUCUCCAGUGGAUUGGAAAUUGAGGCUUAAUUUAAUGAGUUUAGUUGCAGGUCAAAGUAAGCCCGUUCCGAGUGGUCUGGUUAACCGUGAACGAGUGCUUGGGGUUAUGUUUGCUCUUAAGAAGCCUGAACCCUAG